AGUCGAAUCGUGUUAGCUAAAGGGUAGAUAACCGUACAGAGUCUCUGAUGAAACUGUGACAACAAAAAAGCCGAGUGCUACCAGUAGGACUGAACAUCGUGUAGUUUCUCUCUCAUUUCUUCAUAUUACUGUCGCUGCACAUUUCCAAUGGGACCCUCAUUACAGUCUGUAGCCUGAUCAGAAAGUUAACUACGCUGAUUCCAUGUGCCAUUUGAUGCAGCUUGACCAAGAACUAUUUUCUUCAAUACGUUUGUGGAAUGCCAGAAUUGCAUGUAGACGUCUUUCAUUACCGCUGCCAUUUAUUGUUCAAUUUCGGCGUCGCUGAACUGGCACCUUCCCAAUGAGCCAAAGAUCAUCUAGCUGUGCAGCUCAUAAGAUAUCAUCAUCAUCAUCAUCAGGCGGAGGAGAUGUAGCCAAUAUUCGGGCCACCCCUUCCAUACCAAUGUCUCCUACAUCUGGCCGAGAACGGAUGAGCUCUGCUAGUAGCACACCCUUAUCUUUUACACAGAUGGCAGAAUAUGAAUGGCUGGAGCGAGAAGAACUGCACAUGAGGGAGCUGGAAGAGGCUCGCUCUCGCACGGCGCAGAUGGAGAAAACAAUGCGCUGGUGGUCAGAUUGCACAGCCAACUGGCGCGAGAAGUGGAGCAAAGUGCGCAAUGAACGUAACAAGGCUCUCGAGGAGAAUCGGACUUUACGUAAUAAAAUGGACAGUUUCGUGAAAGAAUCAGCGGAUUUGAAACGAGACAAGCAAGAGCUCCUGAAUGAAAUUGAAGAACUGAAGAAACGGGUUGAGUACUGCAAAGGUGCUGGGUCGAAAGCUGAGUCGACGAGUGACAUCGACCCUGGGAUCCAUGGUGUAAGUAGCAGCGUUGAGGGUGGCGGGUGUGAAGAGGGUGCAAAAAACACAAACACUACUAAUAACAAUAAUAAUAAUAAUAACAAUGAUUCUGAGACUUCACGUUACGAUGUGAAAAAUCGAGAAGAAUUAGCAGCUGCUACUGUCACCUGUAAGGUAAGUGAGAGACCUGCUGAGAAUCUGAUUGAGAAAAAUGAACUCCAUGUUGAAUCUUCCAUAGCUAGUCCUUCCAAAUGUCGACAAGAAGAAGCUUCAGAAUCGCACAUCAGCAGAAUCGAAGACAGGCUGUCCCUAGUAACAAAGAAAUGGGAUGAAUCUCAGAAAACUCUUCACCUUCAAUGCGAAGAAAAUACCAGACUUACAAAAACAAUUGAGAAACUUGAAGAAGAAAUCUCAUCUCUAAAAACAAAAUAUGAUGAACUGAAACUGUCCAAAGCAAGUGUGAUUAACGAGAUGGAACGUUUGCAAGCAGAACACAAAGAAGAACUUUCUAGAAUAUAUUUAGAACUAGAAGAUGAGCAAGAAAAUCAUUUGGCUGUUGACAAACGAAUGGCUGAUUUGAGGAAAGAGCUGGAGGCUCUUCAAGCUGAGAAUGCCUCUGAAUGGGCCAAGCGGGAACGUUUAGAGACGGAAAAACUGUCUCUGGAACGAGAAAGCAAGAAGUUACGAACCAAAAUCGAUGAUUUACAUGAACAAUUAGAACAGAAAAACCAGCAAGCAGCUACGUUGAUUGAUUCUGAUAUGAGAACUAUGCAAUUUGAACUUUCUGAAAAGAAUAAGGAAGUAAUUGAAUUACGCCACGUCCAUGCGAAACUGAAGAAGAUCAAUGUCGAGAAACACACUGAACUCGAUCACACACGACGUCGUGCAGAGCAAUACGAAUUGGAGGUGAAGAAGCUUCGCUCCCGCAUAGAAGAAUUAAAGCAAGACUUGGCCUCUGCCGAAGACGAGGCUGAUCUUCAAGCAAAUAAUGUUCGUAAGUUACAACGUACAAAUGAAGAGUAUGAAGAGCAAGCGGGCAACUUGCAAGUCCAAAUCGAACAUUUACAAAGCAGGUUGCGUCGAGGAAAUCCACAAACUUGUUUGAAGUCUCGCUCUUCCCAGAGUCUGAAAUCGUUCACCACCGAUGAAGCGACCACCCUUCCUGACAGUGAUGAGAAUGCGAUGGAGGACGACAUCUCUUAACUGCCACCCUGCCUGUGCUUCUCAUCAAUGGCAACACGACCUCUCCCUUCGAAAUACCGUCACACUAUAGGAAGGGGAGACAAUCUAAUGCUUUCUUAGUGCUGGAAGCUGUGUAUAAAUUGGUUUCUGUGUACAGAUCUAAAGAUAUCUAGAUUUAGCUCUUAUUUAAUAUCAACUUCUCUUUAUCAAUGUCUCUCUCUCUCCUUCUUGGUUUGGAAGAAACAAAAUUCUGUUACUUUCCAAGACUGAAUUAUAUUUGUGUGAGGUUUUGUACAUAUGUGGAUGUAUGUGUGCAAAAGUAUAUAUAUAUACAUACAUAUAUAUAUAUAUAUAUAUAUAUACAUAUACAAAAGUGUGUGUGUGUGUGUGUGGUUACAGACACUCAGAAGAAAAUGAAUCUCCUUUUCUCCACUGUUGGCUUCUACUUAACAAAUUACAUUUUGUUUAGAAUUUUUUUUAUUGUUUAAAAAAAAAACAAGAAUUUCUGUUUAUAGAAAAUGGAAGGAAUCUUAAAUAAAGUCAUUAAAAUAAUGGCUUUUCUUUUUAAAUUCCUUUGAACAAAUUUUACUUAGACAAACUACAUUUACAAAAGAUAUGAAAAGUGUGUAUGAUUCCUGACAAAUUGUUUACAAUCCUUAUUGAACUUAACAUCCUAACAAACAUAUUUCCCUGCCAUUGGUUUUUCUUCAAAUUUUCAUUUAGUUUGUAUUUUUUUUUUCAACCCAGAGCAGUCAUUUUUUUCCCCUCUUUUUAUAUUUUGAGAAGAAAUUUAUUUUAUUUUUUUAAUCUCAAGGAAAUUCUGCCCUGUUUCCCCUGGAAAAUUGCAGUAAGUUUUCAGUUGCCAAUGCUUGCAUCUUCAGAUCUUGUAAGGUGUAUGUAGAGUUUUAAGCUGCUGUUUCAUUCUAACAAAUCUACUUCAUAAUUAUAUAUAUAUAAAAAAAGGAUUUCAAUAUUAAGUGAUAAACAUUUUUUUUAUAUCUUUUAAACAAAAAAAAGUUUGCCAAAUUUGUACCAUGUUGGGAUUUAAUAUUUUUCUAAUUUAAUGUGUUAAAAAAAUUAUUUUAAUGUUUUAAAAAGAUUAUUUUAAUUUUUUUUUUUUACUUUUUACAUCAGUUUUCUUGAAUUUCCUAAUUUGCUCCAUGUUUGUUUGUUUCCAUCAUGUAAAACAUAUCAGCAUUAACAAUUUACUCUUUACAAGAUUUUAGAGAAAGAUAGAAAUUCAACAAAUUCUGGGGUUUCUCCAAUCAAACCCAGGCUCUGGUUGGUGCCAGCAGCUUGGAACCAAUGUUCUGCUGCUGGAAUUUUUCUUUUUAAACUUACUUCUAGAUACCUGUCCAUUGUCAUAACUGUUUCUGGUUUCAACUAGAGUUAAAUUUAAAUUUAGACCAAACAAGGCAACUGUUUAGGGAUUCUUUUAUAAACUCGAAUUAAAGGGUCUUCUUUGAAAGAUAUGAGCAAUACACAAAAUUCUUGCCUUUAGGCUUCAUAUAUUUAUACUUAAUCUGGUCCUAGUUUCAAUUAGAAAUAAAUAUGGAAACUUGAUUGUCAAUAUUUGAAGAAAAUUAUCAAGAAAUAGGUUUUUUUUCUUUUUCUUUUUUUUUUGUCUUCCAUGCAUCUUUCUCCAUCUUAAAUAUUUUGUUUUUCCUCUUAGUAACCAGAAUGAAUUCUACCUUUUCUGUUUUAAGUCUGCAAGAAUGUUGUGUGGUUUCCAUAUUGACAAUCAAUGUAGAGUUACUUUGUGUGAUGUUUCCACUUCACUAAUGUUGUCGCUUCCCUAAUCUUUCCUGCGGUAACACUUUAAUUUUUUCCUUCCAAACUAUAAUCAUAUAUUUUGGACUAUUUAUUGACACAAUUCUCUCAAUACUGACCUAACCUUCUUUUUUCUUUUUUGUCUUACAUGUGCACUUUUCUGCAUACAUUAUCUUUUUCUGUUCAAACUCAAAAAUUCCUCAUUUCCAAUGAUGCAGAAUCUCAAUACCCCCCCCCCCCUUUAUGUUGCACUCCCAAAACUGAAGACUAAACAGACUUGUAGUGUAGAGAGCACAAACAAUGAGGUUAGUAAAUCUGAUGAAAAAAAAUCAAACUUAUCACUUCAGCAAUAACCUCCCUCCCACCAUGACUACCACCAAUAGUUAUUACAAAGUUUUAGAAUGAUUAAUUAAAUCUUAUGUUCCAUUUGAAAUUUCUACUUUUAUAUAAGAACUCAGUUGUAAAUCUUCUAUUUUUCAGGUGUCUUAAGAUGUUACCUGGGCAUUUUAAUUUGGCAAAUGUUUUACCCUCCAAUA